AUGGUCCAGGCCUCUGAUGCCGAAUUGCGAAGCCUCCUCAGUGAAGUUCGAAAGAAUCGCAGUAAAUGGGCCAGCGAGGAUAAGAUUGGCCAAGAAGAGCUUUACGAAGCUGCAGAGAAGGUCUUGAGUGAACUCAAAGCCAUGACAGAACAUUCUACGGCCUUCCUGACUCGUGUCAACAAACGUGAUGCCCCGGAUUACUAUACCAUAAUCAAACAUCCAAUGGACCUCGGAAGCAUGACCAAGAAGCUUAAGGGCAUACAGUAUCGAUCGAAGCAAGACUUCGUCGAUGAUCUGAAUCUGAUUUGGGCCAACUGCCUGAAGUAUAACACGAAUCCUGAGCAUUUCUUGCGAAAGCAUGCUCUCUACAUGCGAAAGGAAACUGAGAAGCUGGUUCCUCUCAUUCCAGAAAUUGUCAUUAGAGACCGUGCUGAGGUCGAAGCGGAAGAGCGUCGUUUGCAAAGAGAAGAGCUUGACGGCGCAGAUGAAAGCGACGAUGAGCCUAUCAUGUCUUCAAGGGGUAGAAAGGCCCCCGGAAAAUCUUCCAAGAAAGGCACCGCGCCUGCUCGAAACACCCCUAGCGGCUCCGAAGGCCCUCGUGACACAGCUGCAUCCCAGCCUCCGGCGCCGCUUGGAGCAGACUCCGAUACGGCUAUGGAGCCAACCCAGAAUGGCCAACAGGACGAUGCCAUGGACAUCGACGUACCAUCGGCACCAACUAUUGCUUUGAGCGCCAUCUCAAUCCCCGGGGCUGAUGUGGAAGACCCGGAGUUCAAGGUGUGGAAGCAAGUGACAAAGAAAGAUCGAGCAAUCAUCGCUGCAGAGCGACACCGUCUUCUCAAGGGCAACAAGCUCAAUGCUGACGAACCUGCUCUCCUUCGAACCAAGGCUGGCAUGCGCCGGUGGCUUCGGCAUGAGAAACAAGCUGCUGCUGAAGCUGAUGAAAUUCAUGAUUCUGGGACUCAGGCCAUGGAGCCUCAAGCUGGCAAGGAAUCACUCGCAGAAGGAAUUGAGGUGGAGGAAGACCAAAUGCUUCCGUAUUAUUACGACGUGAUGUCUGGUGUUCCUGACCUUUCGCAACGAUUGAUUUGGAAAGAAGACGCAGAAGGCAAUGUUGUCGACGCCUCGGAAGAGUAUCUCAGAAUUUUGCCAAAGGGUUCAUUUACUCAGCCCGAAAGCAAACUAACCCAGAGAUUCACUGCAAACAUGCGACAGUUACAAGAAACCCGCAAGAUUUGCUCAAAGAUAGGAAUUGUGAAGCAGAUGCAGCUGCAAUCCCAGAUGUAUCAAAACCAAUUCCAAAAAUAUGACCCGGUUCCUUUCGGGGAACAGGACGUUCUACCUCAUGUUAUGAACGAUAAUGGGCCCGUCAUUGCCCCUGGAACCUGCCGAGCAGCUCUGCAAAGAGCCGUCGCUAAGAUAUUCUAUCAUACUGGAUUUGAAGAGUAUCAGCCAUCCGCCAUUGAGGUCGCAACAGAUGUUGCAUCGGAUUUCUUCCAAAAGAUUGGCGAGACUGUCAAAUCCUACAUGGAAGUUCCCAAGGUGCCAGCAACCGGAUCCCAAGAAACUGCAACCUCGAACUCGGAAUGGAAACCGGCUUACACGGAGCCAGAAGUUGUUCUUCACACGCUUUCGGGCGUGGGACUUGAUAUCGAGGAAUUGGAGUCUUACAUCAAAGACGACGUUGAGAGACUCGGGACAAAACUCUCCACUGCCCAUGAUCGUCUCAAGUCCUUACUUACUGAAAUGCUUCGGCCUGCUCUUGCAGAUGCUGGCGAGGACGGCUCAAAUGCGUUCAAUGAUGGAAGCGAGCAAUUUGUUGGCGGAGACUUCGCUGAAGACAUCGAUGAGGAUUUCUUCGGGUUCAAGGAGUUAGGUUUGGAUCGCGAAUUUGGUCUCGCAACACUUAGUGUUCCUCUGCACCUGCUUCAGAACCGCAUGUAUAACGCGGCCCAGUCGCAGAACACCAGUACCACUCAAACCGUCACGAUUUUCCCAACUCCGCCUCCAUACUCACGCAUAUCAGUGGACAAUUUGCCGGGGCAAAUUGGUCUACUUCAAGCUUUCUUCAAAGGGAAGUUGGAUGCAAACAGCGAUGAACCGCUGGUUGAGGAUCUUGAGCUUCCUCCCAAGCAACGACCCAUGGCAGUCAAGCCUCGUCUUCCCGCUUCUGCGUCCCCGCCGUCUAAUACGGCCGGGUUGUUCAAAGCCGGGGGUUCGGAACCAAGCAAAAAGAAGUCAAAAAAGAACAGCGGUGUUGCGCUGGAGAUGCCUAACUUCAAUGAUGUCGAUGGCGAUGGCGAUCAAGCACCUUCUAUAGAUGGCAUCAAGGAUUUCACAGGUACUGAUGCCAAUCCCAAGCCUACCGACGGUUCGAACGUGGAUAGUGUUGGCGAGGCUCAGCAGCAAGACAACCCCAACAUGACUAUGACUAACGGCACCACGGCAUAA